AUGUCCGCAUCGAUUCCCCCCAAUUACGUCGCCACGCCCCUCGCCAGUACCACGCCGGUCGUCGCCACUGGCGCGCCUGUCGCUACGGUCGCAACUGGCACGCCUGUCGCCAAUCCUGUCGCCAAUCCCGUCGCCAAUGUCCCCAUCCCGUCGCCCACGCCAACCGUCGGGCCGACGGAGCCGUACGUGGUGGUGGGGCUUCAGUACUGCCUCCCGCGUUCUACUGCCUGCCGGCCUUCUCGCCUGCCGGUGGCGGGACGGCCCAGGGCGAGGCGGUCUACUCACAGACGAGCAAGGCCUUCUCCCUGCUUUCCCCCCUCCUCUCCCCCCCCACAUUCGCGCAGGGCGUUCUCGUGGCGCAACCGCAAGACAAUCUUCAACGCCCAGGACGAGCCGGUGUGCUCGCUGACCAGCAAGGCCUUGUCGCUGCACGACGAGACCUACCUGUGCCCGGGCGCCAGCGUGGAUAAACGUGACGCCCUGCUCACUGCCCGAAGCAAGUUCUUCUCCUGGACUCCCAUCCUCAAUAUCUUUCUGAAAGGGAAUUCAGUUGACAACAAGCCAGACAUCGUUCUCAAAGGCGAUUUUUUUCAGCACGAGUUCACUAUCACCUCGAGCAGCGGGCUUCUGUUGGCACAGGUGGAGAGGGAUAUCUGGUCCGUGAGGGAUUUUCUGAGCACGCACACGUAUGCUGUGCGCAUCAAGCCAAACGUUGAUAUGGCUCUGAUUUUAGCGCUCGUUGCCAUGGCGGACACCAUCUUUGUUAAUAAGGAGAACGAUGAUAAUGACUAG